AUGAGUGCUGGUAACUUGGGCCAACUCCAAAGCUACGUAAACGAGCUUAGCAGUGCGGCAAAAACUAUCACAGAUCACUGCCCGGACGCCAAUCUCACAUUAACAUCUCAUAUCUCAAUACCCAACAACGCACCAAGUGAGGUCCAUCGCGCCAGACGUAACCUACUAGCCGUAACCACACGGUUGCAGGCUUUACUUGCCGAACCAGCCGAUUUCAUCCAACAGUUAGCCAGUCAGAGUCAAUUGCUUGCUUGUCUAAAAUGGCUUGGAGAAUUUCAAGUUCUGGCCUAUAUUCCUCUCAACGGCAGUGUGCCGGUCAAGGACAUCGCAGAGCUUGCUGAUGUGCCGGAAAUCACACUCUCUCGAGUAGUACGCAUGAUGGCAACAGCUGGGUUCUUAUCUGAACCACAACCUGGGCGCAUCGCGCACACUGCGCUCUCAGCGCAGUUUGUCACCAAGCUCUGCUACUUAGAUGCUGUCAUGUUCCUUGCGGAGACAGCUGCUCCCGUCUCUCUGAAGAUGGGUGAAGCGACAAGACAAUUCCCAUGCUCUAAUCUUCCUAAUGAGAGCGCUUACAGUGUGGCCUUCGCAUAUCUUCAAUGCGCAGAAGAUCCGGCUGAUAGUAUGACGGAUAUACUGGGUAGAUUAGACUGGCGAAAUGUGAGAAAAGCAUGUAUGAUUGAUGUUGGAGCUCCAUCGACAGGUAUGGCCAUGGCCCUCGCCGAGCUCUACCCUGGUCUCCAUUUCGUUCUCCAAGUAAAUACAGAAUUAUCCUCAAACGGCACGGAAGAUUUUCACCCGCGAAUUGAAGUCCAAAAACGGCCUCCGGGUUCAAUGCAAGUUGUCAAAGAUGCGGCGCUGUACAUUGUUCGUUUGCCAACUCUUUCACCCGGGAUGCCCGGGCACUCCUUGUCGGAUAGAGCACUUGCAGAGUUGAGGGCACAUCUCGGCGUGCUUCGGGCAGAUACAUCCAUGAAGCUAAUUCUAGUUCUCUGCUUAAUACCAGAGCCCGGUUCGGUGAAUGCAGAUGUCGAAGCCGCAGCACGUGCGCGCGAUCUCUGCCGUUUACAGUUGAGCAAUGAGCGGGAAAUUGGAGUCACAGAUUUAGUAGAAAUGGUAAAUAAUAUGCAGGAUAAUAUGGGCGGGCUUAUUGUGGUGAACAAGCUCAACCUACGAAACAGUGCUACGGUAGCUCUCGCCAUUCAAUACCAGGUCAACACGAUGAAAAUGCAGGGAAAUCAACAAGCGCGAACAAGUUUUAUGAGGCAUGGGCAAAUUAUAAGCAAUGGAAUGAAUGACCUUGGUAACAUCGACUCCGGGUCUAGCCUAGCAUAA